AUGAAGGUGGAGUUUGCGCCGCUCAACAUCCCGCUGGCGCGGCGGCUGCAGACAGCGGUGGUGAUGUAUUGGGUGCUGUCCUUCCUGGUGCUCGCAGGGGUAUGCCUCGGAAUUACCGUGUUCCUGAUCAUACGCAACUACUGGUUCCUCUACCUCCCUUACUUGACAUGGUUUUACUUUGACUGGCAAACCCCAGAGCAAGGAGGCAGAAGAUCCGAAUGGGUCAGAAGCUGGGCCAUUUGGAGGUACUUUAAGGACUAUUUUCCAAUUCAUCUCAUCAAAACCCAGGAUUUGGAUCCGAGUCACAACUACAUAUUUGGGUUUCACCCCCAUGGAGUGCUUGUGGCUGGAGCCUUUGGAAACUUUUGUACAAAUUAUUCCGCCUUCAAGGAGCUAUUUCCUGGCCUUACCUCCUAUCUUCACGUGCUGCCGCACUGGUUCCGGUGUCCGCUCUUCCGGGAAUAUGCGUUGAGUAUUGGGCUAGUCUCAGUUUCCAAGAAAAGUGUGUCCCACGUGUUAAGCAAAGAGGGAGGUGGAAACAUCUCAGUCAUUGUGCUCGGGGGCGCAGAGGAAUCACUGGAUGCCCAUCCUGGGAAGUUCACUUUGUUCAUCCGCCAGCGGAAGGGAUUUGUGAAAACUGCUUUGACCCAUGGUGCUUAUUUGGUGCCAGUGUUUUCUUUUGGUGAAAAUGAACUAUUUAGUCAAGUUAGCAACCCCAAAGGAUCAUGGCUUCGAAAUGUGCAGGAGAAACUACAGAAGAUGAUGGGAUUUGCUUUGCCACUGUUCUACGCCAGAGGAAUUUUUCAGUACAGUUUUGGCCUAAUCCCCUAUAGGAAGCACCUUCACACUGUUGUUGGCCGCCCAAUCCCUGUUCGUCAGACCCUGAACCCAACCUCAGAGCAGAUUGAGGAGUUGCAUCAGACCUACAUGGAGGAGCUGAGAAAAUUAUUUGAAGAACACAAAGGGAAGUAUGGCAUUCCAGAAAAUGAAGCUCUCCUUUUUAGAUAA